AAUAUUUUUCCAAUAAACAAAAAUGUCACAUCCUCAUCAGCACAAUCACGACGCAUGCCAUGUACCAUCCGUUGCUUCAAGUGUGUAUCAGUCAUUGGAUGAACUUGAGUUUGAAAGAGGUAUUUGGUAUGCUGCUCAGUAUGGAGAUCAUCAAAGGGUUCAAAAAUUGCUAAGAAGUGGUACAGAUGUGGAUAAACGAGAUGCUGCUGGAUACACUGCACUUCAUUAUGCAGCUAGAAACGGCUUUUUAGAUGUAUGCCAACUUUUAAUCCAAAAUGGGGCAGAUAUUAAUGCAAUAACAAAAUCUGGAAAUGCUACUGCUUUACAUAGAGCUUGUUCAGCAGGUAAAAUAACUGUUGUUAAAUAUCUUAUGGAAAAAAAGGCAAAUUGUGAAUUACAAGACAAUGAUGGUAAAACAGCACUUCAUAGAGCAGCUGAGUCUCAGAAUAUGGACAUUUGCAAAUUACUUCUCGAUUCUUGUUCUUCAUUGAAUAAGAUUAAAGAUUUCAAAGAAAAAUUACCUGUUGAUUAUGCUAAAACUGAAAAGCUAGUAAAGUUUAUAAAUACCUCUAAUAUUAACUAACAAUAUUUUAUUGCACUUAAUGAAAUUCUUUGUCCUUACACGUCUUUUUGAAUGUUUUAACAUUUUAAAAUGUAGCAUAUUGCUUUAAUCCAGAGGAUUUUAAAUUAGUCAUUAAUUAAUUAUAGGCACAGUCAUAUACUUUAUUAAUUAAAAAAGCGCAAUUUAGUGAGCAUUGUUAAUUUUGUGUUUUUAUCACAGGUAUCAAUAUGUAGAUAUGUAUAUUUUUAAUGAAAUUAUGUUUUAUUUAUAUUUUUAAUUGAAAAAGUAAUACACUGAAAGGCUUAUUCAAAAA